ACCCUAUAAUGUAUCAUCUCCCAAUAUAAGUCGUAAACCCUAUUUUUCUUCUCCUUUCUUGUUGGGUUAACGAAGAAGGAAGCAGCAGCAGCAACAGCAACAGCUAUCGCCGGAAGCCAUGGUGAAGUAUUCAAGGGAACCCGAUAACCCCACCAAAUCUUGCAAAUCCAGGGGUUCAAGUCUCCGAGUUCAUUUCAAGAAUACACGAGAGACUGCCCAUGCUCUUAGGAAGAUGCCAUUGGACAAGGCCAAGAGAUAUCUAGAGGAUGUUCUUGCCCACAAACAAGCCAUUCCCUUCACUCGCUUUUGUCGUGGAGUUGGUCGCACUGCUCAGGCAAAGAAUCGCCAUUCAAAUGGUCAAGGACGUUGGCCUGUCAAAUCAGCAGGGUUUAUUCUAGAUUUGCUCAAAAAUGCUGAGAGCAACGCUGAGGUGAAAGGUUUGGAUGUGGAUUCACUUUAUAUAUCUCACAUCCAAGUGAAUGAAGCUAAAAAACAGAGGCGUCGUACCUACCGUGCACACGGAAGAAUUAACCCCUAUAUGUCUCACCCCUGCCAUAUUGAGUUGAUUUUAUCCGAGAAGGAAGAGUCUGUCAAGAAAGAGCCGGAGACUCAGUUGGCUCCUAGGAAGGCAAAGGCGUGAGCAUUGAAUCUUCUGCAAUGCCAAUGCUGUUUUAAGUUUAAAUGUCCUUAGUCUCUGUUAUGAAACAAUUUUGGCAGCUUGAACCAUUUUUCUCCUUUCAUUUGUCGCAUUGUUCUGCAUACUCUU